UAUAUAUAUAUUUAUGUUAUAUAUAUACAUAUAUAUAUAAUACACACACAUACACACACACACACACACAGGAGUUUUAGUCUCUUUUGUAAAUACUAUUUUCCAUAAUUAAGAGUUUAAGGGGAUUCCCUUUUUUGCAAAGAAAAGUCUUAUUCUACUAUAAUAAGAUAAUAGAAAUCGAUCAAACGUUUGUAAAUUAAAUAUAGAUCGUUGUAGUACAUAAUUCCGUGCUAAAUAUAUAGGUAGGAAAGAGGGUAAAUAACAUAAUAAUUACUCAAUUGAAUAAAUCUAGGAAUAAAUUGAAUUCAUGUGUAAUUAAAAGUUUCAUCGAAAUUUAUGUUAUGGUAGGAUCACAAAUACAUAGAAAUUCUGACACUCGAAACGGAUAGAGAAAAGAAUAUAAAAAGGUAAAUGAAAAUCUGUUGUUAAAUCUUUUGAAAAAAAAUGAAAAAAAGGAAAGUAGGCGAAUGUUUAUAAAUCAAUUGUUAUGAGUAUCCUGUGGUUGUAUACACCUUGUAAUUAUAUACAAUUGUUAAAAUAAAAAUUGAAAAAAGAAAUAAAUAAAUAAAAAAUAUCUUUUCUCCGUGGAGUUGAUAAAAAUGUCUUAAAUGUAAAGAUGGCGAGGCGGGAAAUUUGAAAUUGAAUUGAUCGGGAGGAUGUAGGGUGAAGAGAAUGGUCGAAUAACGAAAGGCGGUUCUCGUUCGCAAGCCGUCGAUAGGCCUAUCGAUCCUGUUGCUAGGCGGUAGAAUGGGAGGGCGUUCGAGUGUCGUGGUUAGAUUCCCGUGUUUCCCGCCAGAUGUCGUUGCGGUAGCGCGCGGCUCGCUCGCGGAGUGACAGCUCGGCGAGAACUGUCAGCCGGAGCGCGUUUACGCGGCCGUUUCUGUUGGAAAUAAGGAUACGAUCGGUCUUCGAAUCGGCAAGGUGUAAGCGCGAAAACGGGCUGGCAAAAAGGAUCGUAUCGCGGAGACGUAAUUUCGAUUUGUAUCGACUUUGAAAAUCGGGAGGUCUCGUACCUAACGGUGGGCGUGCACGCAGGAGGGAACGGCUCGCCGGCUCGGUCAGUCUACUGGAAGAUUCCAUUGUGUGAGAGUGGGCUUUGAAAAAGUUUCGGCUGGAAGGAGCUACGUUGCUUUCGCGCCUUUCGCAGCCUUCUCUUUGCUGGAUCGAUCAAGAAGAAAAAAAAGUCGAGGUGUCAAAUGGAUUAAUCAACGAAAACCAGAUCCGAUCAUUCUCGUGACAGAAACUCUCAAAUUGGCGAGGUCAAUCAUUUCGCGACGUAACGAUGUAAAGAAAAAAUGUAACUCGUCGUUUUGAAGAGAGAAUAGCAAGAGGAAGACAACGAAGAGAAAGAAACAAUAAAAGAAAGAAAGAAAGAAAGAAAGAAAGAGAAAAACAAAACAAAAAAGAGAAAAAAAGGUUCGUAAAUGACAUCGUUGGUGAGUCGAUCAAGAAAGGAAUCGAUAGAUCGGUGGUAAAAUACUCUGUUACUUUUCAAAGUCGGUAAAAUCUUUCCCGGAGGAGAAACGAAUUUUACGGUCGAUUCUCACGGCAAAACGCGACGAAACGAGCGUAAUUACAAGUGGAUAAUAUAAACCUUUCGUGCGCCUUCCUUCUUUCUUUUUUUUUUUUAUUUAUUUUGUUUCUUUUACCCUCCCUUUCACAUUCUGUUUUUCGCGAAGCAAGCUCUCGUGGCGAAAAAUGUUACGCUCGCUAGCGUAUUUCAAAGGACCGAUUUGUUAUAUCAUCGUAAAAGUAUAAGAUCGAUAAUACGUCGGAAAAUAUAUUUGAUAUUUUGUCGAAUUUUGCAAAAUUUUUCCUUUGCAGUUUCGUAGCUGUUUCGUUUUUGGUUUGGAGAAGGAAGGGGAAGAAAGGGGGAGAUAAGGAGAGAAAGAGAGAAAGAGAGAGAGAGGAGAGAAUUAUCGAGAGAAACUCGAGCCGUCUGGAGUAUUCGUCCUUAGAUUAAAGUCGAGCUCGUUCGAUAUUCGAACGUAUUCUUGAAAGAUUUGCUUUUGAGAGCAAAGAAAAAGAGAAAGAUAAGAAGAAAAAGAAGAAGAAAAAAAUCCUAACCAAGAUGUACAGCGAUCCGAAUAUUUGUGGGAUUGGAGCGUCGACGAAGGGAGACGAGGUCGAAUUGGUGAGCAGGUUUCUGGCACCUCUUUGCGCGAGGGACGAGGCAGCGAGGAACAUUGCUUUGGCGGCUGCCAGGAGUACAGUCGAGGGAUGGCUUGGAGGUGUUGGGAGUCCAAAUCAAUGGGAGGAAACUACCGGUGCGAUGAAGGACAACGUAGCUUCCGGAAAGUUCAAGGGUCAGGAUGGAAGGUACGAUAUGAGCAUCGAGCGUUCACCCUCAAAAUCGACUCCGAAGAAUGUAGAGGAACAAGCGGCAUCUCCGGAUACCUUCAGAAGCGACUGCUUUUUUCCGCAAAGUGUUACGGAAAAUCCUGUCUUUCCGGAGGACGGUGGUUCCGAAAGUACGGAAAGAUAUCCCUCGGGUUCGUUCGAUUGUGUAGACGGCCGUUUGGGUUCAAACGAAAGUUCGAGCUUCGGGACACCGGUCGAAAGAAGAAGAUACAUGGGCGGUGAUUCUACGGACGGGAACAGAUCGGGUCGUUCUACUUCCUCGGACGAGGGGAAAGGUUUAAGGAUCGAACAAUUGGCUGGCAAGUGUCGCAGGUUCAAGGACGGGAGUGAGAGCCGUUUCGGUUCUAGCUGUGACAGCGAGAGAAAGUAUUUGAUUUCGUCGUCGAACGAGAGGUUGAAUGAGUUAAGCCAAGAGGAUAGGAUACCGAGAACAAAGAAUUAUAUCAAGGUGAAGGGAGCGAAGCAAAGACAACCAGAGGAGGACGAGUUGGAUUUGGACACUAGGAUCUACGGGAAGAGUCCAAAGUUCGACGAGAAUCUUGGCAAUGCUUUCUUCGAUCGUAGAAACGUUAAUUUCCGUUCUAAGAGCAGCGAUCUUCUCGAGCGAAGGUAUCGAGAUGAAACGGAUAUCACAGGGAGAUCACGCGAAAGAGUCGUUUUCAAUACACUCGACGGAUUUGAUAACGAGAAUGCAAACGAAAUUUAUCGGGAAAAUGAGAUUCUCAUUGAAGAUGCGAAUCUUGAAAAUUCAGAAGACGAUCUCGAGGAUGGUCGUGCCAGUUGGCGAAGGUACGAACAGGACCAGGAUUGCCUUAGAAAGAACGACGAGAGAAAGUUCAGCGCCGGUCAAAUAAAAAGACCUCUCUCGCAGGACGAAGACAUUUCAUCAAAGAGUGGUAGAGUUCUCGAUAGUCCCGAGGUUACUCCUGGUGAUGUAGGAAGGAUGCUUAAUCUUGGAAAUGCACUCGAUGGCCCGAGGCAAACUCAAGCAAACAAGUAUCUUAGCCUGGUGACGCUUCAUUUGCCGGUAAUACUCAGGCUCAGCGUUAAUUGUCCUUUUCAAAACGUCAGGAUAAAAUGUGCUGAGAUACUGGAAAUGGUCAAGGAUAGAGGAUUACCAGUACCAGAACCGGCCUUCGAUGGACCUAGUGCCUUCGUUCCCACCUCCGAGUUGCCGGAUCUGAACAACCUCGAUGAAAAGACACGCAUAUUGUUGAUGGAUGCUUUCCUUCAGAACAACAGAUUGGACCAUGUCUCCAGGGUAAUGUCAUCGCAUCCCUUGUAUUUAGACCACUUCCUUCGAACUCAAAAUUUCAUCCUUAGGGGUGAUGGACCGCUUCCUUACGAUUACAGACAUCUCAUAGCCAUUAUGGCCGCGGGUAGGCACCAGUGCAGCUAUCUGAUAAACCUGCAGAAGGGAGAGUUUCUUCUUCAGGGUGGUGACCCCUUGUGGCUUCAAGGUUUGAGAUCGAUCCCACGGAAGCUUCAAGAUCUCUAUGAGAUCAAUAAAAUCUUAGCUCACAGGCCGUGGCUUCUAAAUAAAACGCACAUAGAGAAACUGACCAAAGGCGCGGACAAUUGGUCCUUGGCCGAAGUCGUCCAUGCGAUAGUCCUUUUGGCCCAUUUUCAUUCGUUGUCAUCGUUUGUUUUCUCAUGUGGAAUUAACGAAGAAUUGGACAACGUAACUGGCCAUCAUUACAAGGAAAAUAUACAAGACAAUAGCAAUAAAGUGCCACCUGCCAAAGAAAAACUUUCUAGUAAUCCCAAGGAAAUACCCAAUGGCGACGGCAAGACUGAAAACGUACCGUCGCCGCCAUCGUCGCCUAGCAUAGUUGGUGAACAAGAGGUCGGUGUGGAAACUUUAAUGGAACGAAUGAAACGGCUUUCCGAAAAAUCCGAGUCUUAUCAAAUAACGCAAGAGGAAUUAUCGAAAAGAUUUGAAACGGUCGAAACGCAAUCAGCCGAAUUGGCAGCUGCACCUCAAAGGAGUAGCAGCAUUCUUGAUUCCGACAUCGGCCUCUUCAUCGACGAUCCUACCUUCAUAUAUCAAGAUUUUGCUAAGCGAGGUCAACUGAACGACAUACCGACCUUCCGCGUACAAGACUAUUCCUGGGAUGACCACGGUUACUCGUUGGUGAAUCGACUUUACAACGAUGUGGGCAAUUUCCUAGACGACAAGUUCAAGACGACUUACAAUCUGACGUAUUACACUAUGGGUACGCAUAGUAAGGUCGACACAUCUCGUUUUAGACGAGCAAUAUGGAACUACAUCCAAUGUAUGUUCGGAAUAAGACACGAUGACUACGAUUACAAUGAGGUUAAUCAACUCCUCGAACGAAGUCUUAAGACCUUUAUCAAGAGCGCUGUCUGUUAUCCGGAACGCGUUACUAAGAAGGAUUAUGAUCGUGUCAUGAGGGAGUUCAAGCAUAGUGAAAAGGUGCACGUGAACUUGAUGAUAUUGGAAGCACGCAUGCAGGCAGAAUUAUUGUAUGCUUUACGUGCUGUAAUGAGAUAUAUGACCUAAAUGAAGACCAAAUCGGGUCCCAUCGUUCGCUUGGUGGUUGGAUCUGUCCUGGUCAAUCGGCUCGUUUAUUAGAAUCUUUCUUAUUCUGAUUUUUGUAAUUCUCUUCUUUUUUUUUCUUUUUUUUUUUUUUUUUUAAAUUUUUUGUUUGUUUGUUAAAUUAUUAUUUUUUACGUUUCGAGUCGUGUGAUGUUUAUUUAGCGAGGCUUUUGUACCCGGUAGAGAAAGGAUAAUGAGCAAACGUGACACCGGUACACGUGAUUUGCGCAUGAAAAAUGAAAAACGCGUCAAACGUACAAGACACAACACACGGAAACGCAUAUUACAGGAUAUCAGAGAAAGAGUAAUAUGUAGAUACAACAUUGAAGAAAUUAUACGCGUUUUUCUUGGAUCUUUCGCUUUUCCAAGAGUUUAUCAGUUAAUCGUUAGCUUGAGCUUGCGUUGAUGAUUGAGGAAAAGACAAAGCAAAUGCCUCGAAAAAAGAUGGAGAACAGAUCGUUCGAAAUGAUCCUCGAUAAAAUUCUUCGUCGCUGGAAUCGAAAAUCGAAAUUAUUGUAAGAAUGAAAGCUCUGAGAGCAAUGGAAAGAUUACGAGAAGAAGAGAUGAUAUAUCAUCAAUUGUUUUAUAGAUAGAAAGACUCGCGUUUUUUUUCUUUUUUUUUUUUUUUUUUUUUUUUUUUGAUGUGUGACAGCCAUAUACGUUCGGCUGUAUUUUUUUCUUCUUUUCUUUUCUUUUCUUUUCUUUUCUUUUCUUUUCUUUUCUUUCUUUCGCUAAUCCAUCGGAAUAUAAAGUUUGUAAGGAUGCAGCGAAAGAAAUUAAUAUUGAAAAGGUGUGCUUCUUUAUUAUUAUCUCUUGGCGAAAAAAAAAACUUCUUCGAUAUCAUAAAAUUUUCUAUAUUUUUCAAAUGUACGAUAUACGUUAUAAUACCAAGAAAACAUAAAGAGAUAGAAAAAGAGAAGGGCGCGAAGGGGGCCUGAAAUUGGAAUUAAAAUGAAAGACCACCGAUCUUUUUGGGAAUAUCAAUACAUAAUAAGGCAUCGAAUUAUGUGCGCGCUUAUCAACGAAUUUCAUGCCUUUAAGCGAUCGGUAGCGUUGAUACAGGUAAUUCCCGUCUUUUACGAAUUUAUUCGUUCUGAUCUCUUUCUUUUAAAGUGAGAACUAACAUUUUCCGUAGACGGCAAUGUAAUAAAUGUAUGUCUUUUGUUCCUGACAAUUAAUAUUUCCCAUCGGAAAUCUUAAUAAUUUUAAGUGUAGUAUACCUUUUUUUAAAAGUAUUAUAUAUCAUUUAAAGGAAAAAAAGAAGGAAAAAAAAAAUAAACAAAAAAUUAAAAAAAAAAAAAAAAAAGAAAAAAGCAGAAAAAAGAAAAAAUUUGUGCAUAGUUGGUAAUUCGUAAAGUGGGAAGUAUCUGUAAUAUUUUAAUGAUUUGUUCGCGUUGUUGAUGGAGAAGUGAACGUGCUGAAAUUUAUAACAUCUCGAAAUCGGCAGAUGUAAUUUCUCGCAACGGCAAAUGUAAUUUUCGCUAGGAGAAAAAAGAGAAAAACAGAGAAAGUGAGAGAAAGAGAGCGAGAGAGAGAGAGAGAGAGAGAGAGAGAGAGAGAGAGAGAGAGAGAGAGAGAGAGAGAGAGAGAGAGAGAGAGAGAGAAGAGGAAAGAAAGGAGGAAGUAGUAUAUAAAACAGAAGAAAAGAAAGUUAGGAGAGAACGGAGAGGCUGUUUUAAAAAAUCAAAUUCACAUAAGUCGUUUUAUGAUACACGAAGAUUAAGGAAUAAAACGUGGCACAAACUAUACACGCGAAAUAUACGUUCUGUGAUGGCAUAUAAAUAUUAUAUAACAAAUACACGUACAUACGUACAUACAUACAUACACGUAACAUACACGUAUACAUACAUGCAUACAUACACGUAUACAUACAUGCAUACAUACACGUAUACAUACAUGCAUACAUACACGUAUACAUACAUGCAUACAUACACGUAUACAUACAUGCAUACGUACAUACAUGCAUACAUACACGCAUAUAUACGCGCAUCAUAAGCGCAUACAUAAGCGCAUAUAUAAGCGCAUACAUAAGCGCAUACAUAAGCGCAUACAUAAGCGCAUACAUAAGCGCAUACAUAAGCGCAUACAUACGCGCAUCAUAAGCGCUACAUAAGCGCUACAUAAGCGCAUACAUACGUGCAUACAUACGCGCAUACAUACACGCAUACAUACACGCAUACAUACCUAUGAACACACUAUUAUUAUUCUUGCAUGAACGAUCAAAUAUGCAUACAUUUACACAAAAGUGCGGACACACAACAUGACAAGCAAACAAACACAAAGAGAAAAGACGUAUAUACGCACGCUCGUUAUUUACGUUCGACAUAAGAGGAGAAAAGAAAGAAAGAGCAUGAGAGAGAGAGAGAGAGAGAGAGAGAGAGAGAGAGAGAGAGAGAGAGAGAGAGAGAGAGAGAGAGAGAGAGACGGGGAGAGAGAGAGAGAGAGAGAGAGAGAGAGAGAGAGAGAGAGAGAGAGAAUGCGUGAAUGUGUGAGAGAAGAGAUAUUUGUCGUAUUAUACGUGCGAGAGGAAUAUAUUGAAGAUUAUGUAGCGUUUGUAAUUAGAGGUGUCUCUUUAUUAUAUAACAAUGUAUGUACGUGCUCUAAAUCACGAGAGCAUGAUUCUCGUAUAAUGAUUCGGAGCAACUCAAGGUUUCUAGGAUGAUCGGUGGAUCGCUGGAUCGCAGACUUUUUCAUAUUAUAAUAUCAUUAAGAAAAUUUAAGAAAUUUCGAAAGACUUAAAAAGAUUAAACGAUUGCUUUAAGUAGUAUUUUUUGUACGAGUGCAAAGAGAAAUUUUCGUUCGAAAAUUUUUUAAAUUAUCCUUUGUAAAUGAAACAAAAAGAAAGAGGGAGGAAGGAAGGGUGAAAGAGAGAGAGAGAGGGAGGUAUAGAUUUUUUGAAAAAAUCUGUUAUCCAGCUUUCUUUUCUUGACAUCGAUGAAACGAGGCGAAACUAAAAGAGAAAGAACGGUGAAAGCUUUUGACCAACAUUGACACCGUUUAAUCGCUUUAAACGGUGUCUACAUAUCACUUGGAGAGUUUACGAAAGAACGACUCCUCGAUCGUGGAGCUCCUCGGUCUUGGCGCCAAUGCAUGGCCGUAAAACAACGGUACAAUCGUUUCAUGCUUAUCUCACUCGGCACGUACCCAAAUCGAACGAGAACACUCUUUUUAGUCUUUGCGUCGAAACGACGAAUCCAUAAAUUACUAUAUAAUUUUUUUUUUUCCAAAUUUAUCGAUUACUUUCACAAUUGUUCGUAAUUAUUCGUAAUGUAUAAAGACGGAUCCGAUAUCUCGUCGCAUCGAGAUUACAUUUUAUUUCAGAAUUAUUUAUAUACGCAGUUGAAGAUUCGUAAAUAAUAUAUCUAUAAACGCG